CCGGCCUCCAGCGCGUUCCAACCCGCGGGCCUGCCGGCCUGGGCAUCGCCGACGCGCGCCAACUUCCGCAUCCGGCUCUUGGCGCUUCCGGUCUUAGCGGACCCAUCUAGGAGGGUAUGCUGCAAACCUCCAAAUGCUGGUCUGUGGGAUUCAGCAGAUGAAUCUUCUAUCUUCCUCUCAUCUGUAAGCUGUUCUUCCCGACUGUUCUCUCACCAUCCAGUGUCAUCAUGUCUACCUUACUCCUCAAUCUGGAUUUUGGCGAGCCUCCCCCCAAAAAGGCAUUAGAGGGAAAUGCCAAGCACCGAAAAUUUGUCAAGAAGCGGCGACUCUUGGAACGGAAAGGCUUCCUCAAUAAGAAGAAGCAGCCCCCUAGCAAGGUGCCUAAGCUGCACUCAGAACCUUCAAAGAAAGGGGAAACUCCCAGGGUAGAUGGCACUUGGAAGGCCACUCCCCUUCCAAAGAAGACAACAGCUGCCUCCAGCAGUGGGUCAGAGCAGUCCCUGGACAAGAAAGCUGCAGUGCCUUGGCUGACUCCUGCCCCUUCACAGAAGGCUGGUUCUGUUGUGGCUAAAGUAGAUUUGCUGGGGGAGUUCCAGAGCGCCCUACCAAAGAUUAAGAGCCACCCAACUCGCCCCCAGAAGAAGGGCUCCCAGAAGAAUCCUCCACCCAAGAAUGGCCCACAGAACUCCACCCAAACACAUUCAGAGAAUAAAUACUCUGGGGCAUCCCAGAAGAUACCGGGGAAGAUGGUGGCAAUUGACUGUGAGAUGGUGGGUACUGGACCCAAGGGGCAUGUCAGUUCCUUGGCUCGAUGUAGCAUUGUCAGCUAUGACGGAGAUGUGCUUUAUGAUGAGUACAUCCUGCCCCCUUGCCACAUUGUGGACUACCGGACCAGAUGGAGUGGUAUCCGGAAGCAGCACAUGGUGAAUGCUACGCCCUUCAAGAUUGCUCGGAACCAGAUCUUGAAGAUUCUCACAGGGAAGAUAGUGGUGGGGCAUGCCAUCCACAACGACUUCAAAGCCCUUCAGUACGUUCAUCCCAAGUCCCUCACCCGAGACACCUCUCAUAUCCCCCUCCUCAACCGUAAGGCUGACUGCCCAGAGAAUGCCACCAUGUCUCUGAAGAGUCUCACCAAGAAGCUGUUGAACCGGGACAUCCAGGCUGGGAAAAGUGGACAUUCCUCAGUGGAAGAUGCUCAGGCCACCAUGGAGCUGUACAAGUUGGUUGAAGUUGAAUGGGAACAGCACCUGGCCCAGAAUCCCCCUAAAGACUAGUGCCAGCGGGGACACCGGCGAUGUAGGCAGGCGGAAGCAGCACCACACCCAGGACGGGGCAGUGGGCCACGGACCGCUCCACCAGCUCUACGCCUUUGCAAGCUAGGGGGUUUGGGGAGAGGGAGGCCACACCCCAGACUUAACAUCCAUUGAGGUCCACUUCAGGUGUUGUGUGUCUUGUUAACUGUUACUUGGAAGGAGGACACUUCCAUGUCAGAACCCACCCCUAGGCCGUUUACCUCUUAAAUGGUGCUAACCGUGUGUCCCAAGGUGCUUUGCUUCUGGGAAAGUCUUUUGACUUUCAAAGGGCACAGCAAACCGGGAAAUGUCUUUUCCCAAACUGCCUUAUCACUAGGGUGGCUAUGUGUCCCAUCAUGCCUUUCCUUUCAGGCAAUUAACAGCACCCUCUUUCACUCUCAGAAGUAUCCUGUUGGAUGAUAACUUGUACAAUCACAAUGCAUCUCUCAGACUCUGCUUUCUGCUCAGAGUCUACAUAUGGUUUGUGUUGGGGUAUCACCUGUUCUUUCCGCCUUGAAUUCCGGAGAAGCCAUUCCUGGUGAGGUUUAGUUCUCCUUAGGGUUAUGGGCAGGACAGGUAAGAGAGUGACUUGGAAAUCAAUUUUUCUGAUUUAGGAAAGCAGUCUCCUAAAGUAAUAGAGAAUUUAUUUAAUUUAAACCCCACUUGCUAGGUUAAAGAAGAAUUUUUAAAUGUUUCAAUGAGUUUUAGUCUUUUACUUUGCUAAACCAAGCCUCUGAAAAUGCAAAUUAUUCCCUUGAUAAAUUUUUUAUAAAGGAAAAA